AUGAACGGUUUAUUAUUCUGGUUUUGCUCUGUCACUUGGUUAUGUGCAAUUUCUCAGGAGGGUUUCAGAAAUAUGGUGGAAGAGGAUCACAAUGCCGUUGACAAGUGCCCAGCAUUUCGGAUCGAAACGGUCCUGAAGAACUUCGAAGCGGCAACAUCCGAAGAUCACAAUGAAGACGUGAAUCUUGUGUAUUUUAUCGGUGCUUAUGAGGAACUAACCAAGUUUAUUGGCUUAUUGGGAAAGAUAUUCCAUUUCGUACAAAUAGAUGUUCGUGAGAAGACUAACAAACUCCAAUAUCUUUGGGAGACUAACCCGGAUUCUUAUCGUAGUGUGAAGUCAAUGGUGGUGUUCGAGAAUGAGAAACGCCAUUAUCCUGGCUCAAAGGCAUUGCUAGCCUUACACCGAGCUUUGGAGUUCAUCGUUGCCUUUCUCAAUGCACUAGCUGAAAGUACCAAUGAUGAGAGUGUUUCUUCUAUAUGCCGCAGGACGUACGAUGAUACUUUGGCUAGGUUUCACAACUGGGUUAUACGAAAAGCUGUAGGGCUAGCGUUAUAUACGCUUCCAUCUCGUGGUCAGCUGAUCACAUCAAUUCAGGGGAGUAUACCAGAAGAGGAACAUGUACGUCUGGUUCUUUCAAACGUGGUGGCCAAAACUCAGGUGGUGUAUAGCCGUGUCCAUAGUAUUUACACUGAUUAUAACCUAAAUACUUUAUUGUGA